AUGCAGAGCCUGCGCUUCGCGCGCGCCGUGCGGCGCUCGACGUCCACGGCGCCGGCGCGCACGCUGCCGCGCGCGGCGCCCGGCGUCGUCGGCGCCUUCGCCGCCGGCGCCGCCGCGGCGACCUACGGCCUCUACCAGAUCCGCGAGUUCGCGCGCGUCGAGGGCGCGCUGCCGUCGGACUCGUCGGCGCUGCUCCGGGCCCUGCUCCCCGUCAAGCCGCAGGCGCCGACGUUCGUGCGCGUCGUCGUCGCCGACGGCGCGGGCGCGCGGCGCGUCGUCCGCGUCGACGAGCGCGCGCUCGCCGCCGCCGCGGCGACGGCCGCGGAGGCGCUCGACGCGGAGCUGCCGGCGCUGCGCGCGCGGAGCCGGGCGCGCCUCGAGGCGCGCGUGCGCGAGGCCGUCGCGGGCUGCGGCGGCGCGGGCGGCGGCGUCGACGCCUUCGCGGACUGGUACUACGCGUACCGCACGGCCUUCGAACUCAUGCGCGUCGCGGGCGGCGCCUUCGCGGCCGCGGCGGUGCUCGGCGAGCCGGCGGCGCACCGGUCCGCGGAGGCGGCCGUCGGGCGGCGCGUCCUCGACAAGUACGAGGCGCUCGUGCUGCGGCCCGAGCGCACGGAGCCCGCGCUCCGGGCGGCGCUCGACGCGGCGACGGCGGAGGCGCGGCUCGACUUCAUCGCGACCGUCGCGCGCGCGCACGCGGACGCGCUCCCGCUCGUGUCCGCGGCGACGACGCACGUCGGCCCCGGCGCCGCGCGGGCCCAGCGCGCGGAGGUCUUGGUGGACUGGUCCAACUGCGCGCGGCGCGCGUCGGGCCUCGAGCGGUCCCACGAGCCGCGCGACGCGUCGUCCGCGGCGCUCCUCGCCGCCGCGGGCGCCGUCGGCGCGAAGCUGACGUCGUCGGCCGUCGCGUCCAAGGCGUCGGCCGUCGCGGCCGCGUCCGCGGGGUCCGCGGCCGUGCAGGCCGCCGCGUCCAAGGCGCUCGCGUCCAAGGUCGCCGCGCCCUUCGUCGCCAAGGCCGCGUCGGCCCUCGGCGCGUCCGCGUCGGCGGCGACGGCCGCGGCCGCGGCGGGGCCCGGAGCGGCCGUCGCGGGCGCCGCCGUCGGCCUCGCGGCGGACGUCGCGCUCGCCAAGGCCAUCGCCCUCGCGCGGCGGCCCGCCUUCGAGGCCGACGUCCGCGCCGCCUUCGACGCGACCGUCGCCGAGUGGGCCAGCGGCCUCGGCGACGCCCUCGACGGCGCCUGCGACGUGUGGAUGAACGACGCCAUCCAGCUCACGACGGCCCGGGACGCGGACGCGCCGCCGCCGGCCGCCGCGGCCGCGACGCCCGCCGAGGCGCCGGAGGACGCGCCGCCGCCGGAAGGCGCGCCGCCGCCGCCGCGGGCGGGGCGCGGCGCCGCGCUCACGGACUUCCUGCUGGCUCUGACGACCUUCGCCUGCGCGUCGAAGCUCCUCCGCCUGCCGGCGCCGCGGCAGCCCUGGGUCGACGCCAUGGCGCUGGGCCUCGGCUGCGAGGGCGUGGGCUGCGUCGCCGGCGGCCUGUCCUGGGCGUUGGGCGUCAACCUCGUGCGGCAGGAGGAUCUGACGCUGGGCCAGUGGGCCAUCGUGCUGACGACGGUGCUGGGCAUGGCGAGCCAGGGCCUCGCGGUGCUCGUCGCCGCGGCGUCGUUUUUAGACCGCGACCGCGCGCCGUGGCGGCCCGCGGCCGCCGCGUUCCUCGGCGUGCUCUGCUACGAAGCGGGCUGCGUCUUUGCGCGCCUCGACGGGACGUUCGUGCUGCAGCCGGCGGGGCUGCCCAUCGUCGCGUGGCCCGCGCUCCUGCCCGCGUGCGCGCGCCGCGGCGGCGGCGCCGGCGCCAAGGUCGCCGGCGGCGCGGCCCUCGUCCUCGCGGGCGGCCUCGUCAUCGUCGCCUUCGACAACCGCUGCGGCGGGACGUCGUGCAUCAGCGAGCUCGCGCCCUGGGAGCACCGGCCCUGCCUCGCGGCGACGACGGCGCUCGCGAGCUGCCCGUCCUGGCGAACAUCCGUCUUCGCGUAA